AAAUGCAUUAAAUUUUGUCCACACCAAAUGUGGCAUACUAGGGUUAUUACCAAACAGAGUAAACAAGACAAAACAAAGCUAAAGCCAACUAGGAGAGUCAGUGGAGUGUGUGUUGCUUCAGAGAAAAACAGAGAGACUGAAACAGGGUGAGUGAUGGACCCUUCACCAUGUAAUUGCUGGAACCAUUUCACCAAACCACCCUCCCCAACUCCUUCUUCUUCUUCAGAAGUAUGGAAGGAUCUGAAACUUUCCUCUCUCUGUGAUUCCUCUAUGGAGAUGGAAGCUUCUUCCCCUUGGCACAGCCUUUGUCCUGCUAGCUCUGUUUUUCAGAAACAGAGCCAUCAGCAUCACUCGAUGCUUUCUUCCUUCAACACUUCGUUUGAUGCUUCUUCCUCCAGUGGGGAGAAAAUCGCUCAGCAGGAUCGUGUCUAUGCCUUUUCUGAUCAGCGACGCAAGCGCAUCCUCAAGAAUCGAGAAUCUGCUCUUAGAUCCAGAGCGAGAAAGCAGGCUUACAAAAAGGGGUUGGAAAUGAAACUUGCCCUUUUAACGGAAGAGAACUCUAGACUCAAAAGUCAUGUAGCAGAGCUGCAGUUCCGCUUGUCCUCUGCUAAGCCUGCCAAAGGGGGUGCGGUUUAUAGAACCAUGUCAUCUCCGUUUUGAGGAGUAUGGAAGCAGCACUUUCAAGUUUCAACCCUUUUCUUGUAUGCUUUUAAGUUCUAAACUUUCUUAGAUAAGAAACAGAGAAGUGUAAGGGGUGCUAAAAACCCAGUUUUGGUAUAUAUGUAUGAUCUUAAUCAAGUGUGUAUCUUGCUGGUGAUGUAGAUAUCUUUGUAAGCAGAUUGUUGUUUGACCAGUAGUAGCGUUGUGCCUGAACACCUACUCUUUUUUUUAGCUGCUGUAAAUUGGAAGGAAUUUGUCUAGUAUUGGUAUAUAACAUAUAUGUCUAAACCUUUGCCUUA